UCACGCAUGCGCACUUUAGGCUCCUCGUCUUUUCCCUCCAGCCUUCGGGAGGUUAUGAUUCUGGGUCCUUCUGAGGGGAGGAAGGAAGCAGCGGCGGAGAGCUGAGGCGACGGGUUGAACAAUGAAAAAUAGCAAGGAACCAUAUUUUGUGAAGUUUAUAAAGUCUGCAGAAAACUCAGAAUUUUUCCUUCAGGCCCUUGAGUCCAUCAAAGAAUUUCAGUCAGAAGAAUCCCUCCAGAUUCUUGAAAAUACAGCUGCACUGAGGAUACAAGAGAAUGACAAAUCCCUUUAUAUUUGUGAUCAGUUCAGUGGCAUUGUUUUUAAUCACCUUCAAAAGCUUGGUUGCAGAAUUGUUGGACCACAAGUAGUUGUCUACUGUAUGCAGAACCAGCGAUGUGUGCCAAGGGCCGACCAUCCAGUAUUUAAUAUGACAAUGGCUGAUGUAACUGUAUCCUGUACAAGCCUUCAAAAAGAAACUAGGGAAGAGGUCCACAAGUAUGUGCAGAUGAUGGGUGGCCGGGUAUAUAGAGAUCUUAAUGUGUCAGUAACACAUCUUAUAGCUGGAGAAGUUGGAAGCAAGAAAUAUUUAGUUGCUGCUAACUUAAAAAAACCCAUUUUGCUUCCCUCUUGGGUAAAAGCAUUGUGGGAUAAAUCGCAACAUAGGAUGCUUAGAUAUACAGACAUCAAUAUGGGAGACUACCUAUGCCCUUUGUUUCUUGGUUGUACAAUCUGUGUGACUGGUUUAAGUAGUGCAGACAGAAAAGCAGUCCAGCGUAUUACUAUUGAGAAUGGUGGUCAGUAUACAGGGCAACUUAAGAUGAAUGAAUGUACCCAUCUUAUUGUUCAAGAACCAAAAGGGCAGAAAUAUGAAUGCGCAAGAAGGUGGAAUGUCCACUGCAUUUCAGUCCAGUGGUUUUUUGACAGCAUUGAGAAGGGAUUUUGCCAGGAUGAAUCCAUGUAUACAGUUGACCUUAAAGCAAAGCAAGAAAGUGCACCAAGCACAUCAACCCCUACUAGCCUAACUUGCAAGCCCGAUAGUCGAACACUCUCAGAUGUCAGCCACAUUUCAAAUAUUAAUUUAAGCGGUGUUAAUGAAACCUCUUGUAAUUCUACUAUGAAUAGCAGGCUGGAUCCCUCUUCAGAUGACCUGAACAGCUUGGAUACAAGUUCUUUGCAAGCACCUGAAGAUUUACUAGAUGGAUGCAGAAUUUACCUUUGUGGCUUUAGUGGCAGAAAAUUAGAUAAGAUGAGAAAGCUUAUUAACUCCGGAGGUGGUGUUCGUUUUAAUCAACUCAAUGAAGAUGUGACACAUGUCAUUGUGGGUGACUAUGAUGAUGAAGAACUUAAACUGUUUUUGAAGAAGACCACACAGAGGCCAUAUAUUGUGACAGCAAAAUGGUUGUUGGAAUGCUUUAGAAAAGGUUAUUUACUACCUGAGGAUCAGUACACUUCGGCAAACUACCAGCCGCUUGACAGUCCAGUUUUAGAGCAGCCUGUCUUUCCAAAAAGAAGCAGUCUUUCAAAGAAAGAAGUUGUGAGAACAGUGCAGGCUCCAGAAGCAGACGAAGCUCUACUGUCUCAGUAUUCAGCUAAUGAGUCCACAGUAGCAACAUUUUCCCCUCUUCCAGUUGAUGUCAAUAACUACAGUGAUAUUGAUCACACUGCCUUUCGAGAAGAAAAAGCGUUCAGUGCCAUCCAUAGUUCCUUGGCAGACACUUCUACAGUCACUGAAGGAGCCUUGUUCAACAGAAAGAGGUUCAUCCUUCUGGGUUUUGGUAAAGAGGAUGAAUCCUGCAUGAGGCCUCUGAUUGAAGAGAAUGGUGGGAAGGUUCUGUCUCAACAAAGUAAAGCUAUUGCUGACUAUGCUGUGGUUCCUCUACUUGGCUACAACGUGGAAUCAACUGUAGGAGAUGUGGUUACAAAUACAUGGCUGGUGACGUGCGUGGAGCAGCAGUCCCUAUUAGAUCCCCAGUCGAGUCCACUUUUCACACCUGUGCCAGUGAAGGAAGGAAACACUCCGUUACAACAAUGUGUAUUGUCUUUCAGUCAGUUUAAUGGGGCAGAAAGAGAUUCUUUAAUAUAUUUGGCACAUUUGCUUGGGGCAAGAGUGCAAGAAUUCUUUGUGAGAAAAGCCAACCCAAGGAAAGGAAUGCUUGUCAGCACCCACCUGGUGGUGAAAGAGCCGGAAGGUUCGAAGUAUGAAGCUGCCAAGAAGUGGAACCUUCCUGCUGUUACCAUGGCUUGGCUGCUGGAGUCUGCAAGGACAGGAAAGAAGCCUGACGACAGCAAGUUCCUGAUUGACAAUGUAGACGCUGAAGAGUGCUUCACAAAUCAUCCAGUUGAGGCAGAGACGGAUUCUGCAUCUCCAAGUACACGUGACCAUCCCAGCAGUCUCCUUGAAAUUGGGAGAAGAACAGCUGUGACACCUCUGGAUAUGAAUCGGUUCCAGAGUAAAGCUUUCCAGAGGGUUGUCUCACAUCAUAUUGGUAACAAGCCAAGCCCUUCACAAGCGGGGAAACCAGUACAGAAGGAACCAUCCCUGCAUCUUGACACACCAUCUAAAUUUUUAUCUAAAGACAAACUGUUCAAACCUUCUUUUGAUGUAAAGGAUGCACUAGCAGCUUUGGAAACUCCAGGGACCUCUAAUCCACAAAAAAGAAAACUGAGUACUCCUCUUUCAGAAGUCAUUGGCAGGAACUUAAAAGUGGCUUUGGCAAACAGCACUCGGCAAGCAGCUGCUCUCACUGCAAGCCCUCAGUUGAAAGUUGCAACUCAACAAGUGGAAGAGGAGCCAAAGCCUCUAGCUGAUGUUGUCAUAUGUGUAAGUAAGAAGCUCAGUAAAAAGCAGGGCGAGCUGAAUGCCAUUGCUGCUUCCCUUGGAGCAGAUUACAGGUGGUGCUUUGAUGAAACUGUAACUCAUUUCAUCUACCAGGGAAGGCAAAAUGAUAGUAACCGGGAAUACAAAUCUGCUAAAGAAAGGGGCAUACAUGUAGUGUCGGAACACUGGCUUUUGGAGAGUGCACAAGAAUAUAAACGGCUGCCUGAAUCUCUCUAUCCUUACACAUAUAACCCUAAAAUGAGUUUGAAUAUUAGUGGUAUUCAAGAUGACAGAUUCUCAGAUCGGCUAGAUUCGUCUGAAAAAACAGGGAAGGAUGAUGAGAAAAUGUCGUUGGAUACUAAUGAUAUGGAAGAUGUUGCUAUGGAUCAAGUGACUGAGGCAGUUUCUGUUGAAAAAGAGAAUGCAUCAAAAGGAGUUUUAACACAGACACUGGAAAUGAGGGAGAACUUUCAAAGGCAGCUACAGGAAAUCAUGACUGCAACAUCACUAGCAAAGUUUCAAGGACAAAGAAAAUCUUUGUCUAGGAAUGGCUUUGACAAUUCUCCGGCAACUCCAGAUGGCCCUCGUUCUGUUCGUAAUGGCCGUAGCCGAGUCUUGGAAGCCCUAAGGCAGUCACACCAGGUAGCAAUGGAUGUCAACACAGAGCCAUCACAGAGUGAACAGAUUAUUUGGGAUGACCCCACUGCAAGAGAAGAGAGGGCAAGGCUUGCUAGUAACCUUCAGUGGCCCAGCAGCCCCUCACAGUGUUCUGAACAAAUUCAACCUGUUGCAGUAAAUGCUGGAGACCUCUCGCUUACAAAAUCCUUUACCGAUACGGAAAUUGCUGAAAUGGAAAUUGAUGAACCUGCAAAAACAGAUUGGGUUGAGGUCCCAAAGCUUCCAGGCUGUAGAAAUCCAGAAAUCCCUUUGAAAGAAGAUAAUCUGAUCCCAACUCCGCUGGCUCCUGCCAUUGCCUUUCCUUUGGCAAAUCCUCCUGUGGCUCCUCAGCCAAAAACAAAUGUCAUUAGAGUAGACCAAAUGACUACUGAAGAACCAAAAAAAGAGUACAGAUUCCAGCUGUCUUCUGUUCGCCCUCAGGCACGGAUUGAUUAUUACCAUAUGAUUGAAGAGCUGGGUGGAGUGGUGCUUGAGAAGCAGUGCUUUGACCCUAGGUGUACCCACACAAUAGUGGGGCACCCUAUUGGCAAUGAGAAAUUCUUGGCAUCGAUGGCAGCUGGAAAGUGGGUACUCCAUUGCUCUUACCUGGAUGCAUGCAAAACAGUACAACGCUUUCUACCGGAGGAAGAUUUUGAAUGGGGAAGUAAUUCCAUACUCAGUGCUGCAUCUGAAAUAACUGAAUCCCAGAAGAAUUUAGCAGUUGCAGCAAUGAGGUGGAGGAAAAUAAUACAAAGACGGCGAGAGGAAGCUGGCAUUACUGAGGGGGCAUUUCGGGGUUGGAAAGUUAUUUUGAAUGUUGACCCAGCCAAGGAAGCAGGCUUCAAACGUCUUCUAGAGUCAGGUGGAGCAAAGGUGCUGCCUGCUCAUUCUGUCUCUGUGUUUAGAGAAGCCACCCAUCUUUUUGCUGAUUUUAACAAACUGAAGCCAGAGGAUUUAAGAGUUAAUUUAGGAGAGGCUUCUGCUCAUGGAGUGAACUGCCUGAAGCCAGAAUACAUUGCUGACUAUCUUAUACAGGAGCAACCACCUCAAAUGGACGGUUAUCGUUUGCUGGUAUGAAGAUAGACAGCAGCUUCUGGCAGAGAACAUGAAACCGGGUUAUCUUAGAAGCAGAUAUCUCCUGAAGAAACUCGCCUGAUAAAGAAAGUCUGAGUAUGUUGAUACCUUAAAAAUAUUUUUUCAAAUUUCUAUUUAUACUUGUUUUCUUUCCACAUAAAAAGGUCAUUAAAUGUUUUUGUAAUA